GCUGAGGCUCGCAGCGCGGCGUUUGAGCGCGCGCACGCCGCGGCGGCGGAGCUGAACGAGCGGCUGAGGGAGCAGGAUGUCGAGACCCCGUCGGAGCUGCUGGGCACCAAAGACUUCUUGGCCACAGUGCUGCACAGGGACGGCAGACCGCAGGACGCGGACAAAAGCGAUUUCGAGGGCUUCGCCAGCAGUUUCGGCCUGGACCGCCAGCACCAGGAGGUCGUCAAGAUCAGGCGCCUCCAGGCCGAGGCGUGCGACUGGUGGGCGAAGAAGCUCCUGGAGGAGAUCCAGAACGAAACCACCACGGACCACAUGCAGCGCAUGAUCGGGAUCCUGAAGGAGAUCAACGAGGGCGAGGAUUUGCCCGCCCUGAAGCAGGCCGGGUCGAUCCUCUCCGACAAGCUGGCGGACCGAGUGCUGGUGGCCGCGGAGCAGCUCCAGGCCCAGGACGCCGAGGCCAAGGCCGCGAGCGAGAAGCCGUUCCCCGAGAUGGCCAGGAGGGCCGCGGACAAGAUCGCCGAGGACCUGCGCCUGUCCAAGGCCAUGGGGUGCUCGCCCAAGCACCCAAAGAUGCUGAAGGCGAAGGGCAUCGAGGUCGCCUUCCGCCUUGAGGAGAAGAACAGGCACGCUCGGAAGGUGCUCAUCGCCGCCAGAGAGCGCCAGGACCGCGACGCGAAGGCCGCCUCGCAGGCGCAGCUCGAGGGGAGGUUGCCGGAGGUCGGCGCGGCGACCGCGGCCUCGGAGGCCAUCGACGCCGACGUCGACAGGGCCACGAUGGCCGAGGGCGUGAUGGCAACCCACGCGGACCUGCGGGAGGCCAAGCAGAUCGCCAGCGCCCUCAGGGACGCGGAUGGCCAGCGGAGGCGGCUCCAGGCCCCGGGGCGUGCCGCCCGCCGCUCUCGCCCCACGCUCGCUCGGCAGCUGGCCCCGCAGGCAUCGAGGGGCCAAGGUUGGGACGCGGUGGCGGCCGUGGCGGCCCCCGAGGCCCGCCGCCAGGAUGUGCCAGAUCUUGACGGCCCCGAGGGGGCCCUGUCCAAGUAUGAGCUGCAUCUCCACUCGUCCGUGGCCACCGUGGGCCGACCAGCUGGUUUCAAGAAGCAGCGGCGGGAAACCAAGUCGGAGUUCCGGCUUCACGUUGGCUUCUACUCGCUGCGCCCGUACAAGCCCGAGUUUCACAGGAUGGAGAGAUUCGCCGUGGUAUUCAUGCAGCAGGCCACUACGUCGCGCAUGUCGGAGAAAGCGGCGAUGGAGCUUCUCUCGGAGGACGGCCACGCGAGCGCGACGUGGUACCAGCUCGGGAACACCAUCAGGAGUAUCCCGCGCCGUUCUCCAUGCACUGUGCCUGUUGUCCCACUUGUCGAUGGGGCACCAUCGACGCAGUUGUUCCCAGCGAAGAGGUCGGGUUCUUCUGGAGGCAAGGCCACGGCGGCCAAGGGUGGAUCUCCUGCCUUGCCUGGUCACGAGCCCGAUGCUGGAGACAGCGCCGACGAGGAUGAAGGAGACAGCGACGGUGGUGGAGGCGACGACGGUGGCCAUGACGGGGACGACCAUGCUCCUAUCGCACCCGUGCUAGACUUGGUGGCUGCGUGGCACGAGGGAAAGAUUGAGGCGGAGCUUGGUAUCAAGGAGCCGCCGUUGCCGCCUCCGCAAGUGCCGCCUCCGCCGGAGCCAGACGCGUUACCCGCUGGUCCUAGUGAUGGGGGCGCGGCACCUGGCCCAGCUCCGAAAGCACUUCCUGCCCGCGGGUUCGUUGGCAAAGCCGAUUUCGCGUGGGAGGUGCCGAACGGUGUUAUCAGGUAUUGCGGCGCCAAGCAAACGUUUGUUGCCGCUCGCAGUCUGCGCGGGUGUUCAUUCACGAGGUCUGCACGUGGGUAUGUCAAACGCGUCCGAGACAAUGGCAAGGAAUGCAUCAUCGGGAGGCCUGUUGGGUUUCUGGGGUCUUUGCUUGCAGCUGGGUCUGGCCCUGGCGUGGCUGACAAAGCUUCGCACGCGUCAUGCAAGUUGCAGGAGCGACUUGAUCGUGCGACGAGGCUCUUGGCGAGAGCAUCUGCCAAGGCAGACCCCGAAGGUUCGGGGUUGCUCGGCGAGGAAAGGCCCAAGGACGACGGCGAGCUCAGCGAAGCCGAGUCCGUCGGCGGCUUCGCGCAUUGCAUGAACCGCCCAAUCGAUGCUCCUCCGCCGCGCAGCGGCCACGAGCACGGGCAGAUUCGGGCGCUCCAGAGAACGGUUCGCUCGUUGAAGGUCAAGUUGUUCUGGGGGGAGAAACGGGCGAAGGCCCUCAGGACGACCGUUCUCAACAUUCAGACGCUCUCGGACAAUCGGCUCGACAAGGACGACGCGCAGCAGCAGACCAUGAACGAUCGGGUCAGGGCCGUCACAGGCGCGGCAAAUGGCGACGUCCAAGGCUAG